AUGCCUUCUAUAAUUCAGUCUAUGAAAUACAACUGGAGAACCCUCCUCAAUGACCCUUUUGGAGAGAUUGCUGGGUCGUUGGGUGAUCUGGGUACUCUCAUUCCUGUGAUGACAGCUCUUACAGCGUCCGGAAACAUCUCUUUAACGUCCACAUUGCUAUUCUCUGGGAUUUCUAAUAUCGUCAGCGGUGCCUUUUUUGGGGUACCGCUAGUGGUUCAACCUAUGAGCGCUAUAGCAUCGAUCUCGCUCUCUCGUGGAUUGAAACGCGAAGAGACUAUGGCAGCUGGGCUUGGUGUAGCUACCGUUGUUCUUUUGCUUUCCAUUACAGGCGGACUCAGCAGGGUGUCCAGUACAAUCCCUACGCCUAUAAUAAAAGGGAUUCAAGUUGGUGCAGGGCUUUCGCUUUGCUUAAAUGCAGGGUCUCUAUUAGCAGGUCUGGAUUAUGAUUCCAAUCAGUGGGACGACAACCUUUUAUGGACCGCAGGUGCAUUUAUACUCCUAUAUGGAACUUCACGAAUGCCUCGGUUCCCCGUAGCCUUAGUUCUCUUCUUUGUGGGUAUCGUACUCGCUCUCAUUAAGCUCAUCUCGGAUGAAGGAAAACUGCCUGAGUUUGGGAUGUGGUGGCCUUUCAUACCACUUAUACCACGGCCACAAGAUUUUACGAAUGGAUUCGGAGCCGCUGGGGUUGGGCAAAUUCCGUUGACCAUUUUGAACUCUAUCAUUGCGGUCAAAUAUCUGAGUGAAGAUUUACUGCCGAAUCGACCGGCACCUUCAAUUACAGGUUUGGGUAUUUCGGUCGGCCUAAUGAAUCUUACAGGGUGUUGGUUUGGGGCCAUGCCUGUCUGCCACGGGUCUGGUGGUUUAGCAGCUCAGUAUAGAUUUGGAGCUCGCUCUGGAGCAAGUGUCAUAGUCUUUGGCCUAUUUAAGAUAGGUUUUGGCAUUAUGUUCGGGAACUCAUUAACGGAACUGCUCCAAAAGUUUCCCAAAUGUAUUCUGGGAGUCAUGGUAUUUGCGGCGGGAAUGGAACUUGUCUCGGUCGCUGAGAACCUGAAUGUAUCCGCCAGAGAUUUAAUAACUCAUGCUCCAAGUGCUUCCAUAACACCAUCAGCAACAACCGCGCCAUCCUCCACAAUAUCAUCCUGGAGAGGGCUGACGGAACGAGACAAGAAGGAAAGGUUUUUGAUUAUGACAGUUACUGCUGCUGCAAUGAUUGCACUCCAAAACGCAUUCGUUGGCUUCGCGGCAGGUUUUCUAGUCUGGGCUUUGAUCAGGUUGCAGGAUAAAGUUGAAGAUUUAAGGCCAAGUCGAAUCGGGAGCAUGAUGGAUGAAAACACACCACUUUUGAGGAAUUGA